AUGAUCAGAUCGAUUGUUCUUGCUCUGCUUCUGCUUUCGCAAUUGAUCAGCGUCGGGAGAUGCCUGCGGGCGGUCGACAGCAAUACUCGCGUAAACAGCAAUCAAACCUCGCGACACAGGCCAGGAAGAAGUCUCACCUUUCCUGAAUCGUCUAUGAUUCUGCUGAUUUUCGGCCUGGGCACUCCGCUGCAGCUGGAUCGCGAGAGCGUAAUCGUGGGCGUGUUUACGAAAAUGCAGUAUGCUUUGCCGAGCAACGCCACGGAUUUCACCGAGCCGGGUGUGUAUUAUUCGAGGGCUGCUGGCAGGAGUAGAUGGAGCAUUUACAAGAUGUUCGAGAAGGUGACGGCCAUGUACGGCUUUGGUGGCAAGGAAUGUUUGCUGAGGGCCAUUUGCGAGGUAGCGCGUGUGCCAUUUGACGUCCAUCACGGCUUGCUGGGGCAGCUGGUGCACACUUUCCUCAGGUAAGUGAGUAAAUCAGAUACCCAUCAUCCGCACAAAGAUCUGCGUUCUCA